ACUCUUAUUCCCACGUGCUUUUGUUGACGCUACUUCAACGUUAACAACAUUACAACAUCUGAGCACGCCCAGUGAAUCACACUUCACUUACCACCAACCGCUUAGUCUUCUUGUGCUCAGAUAACCAGUAGGUCACAGUGUGGUGCGGUGACAUAAUGGCGGCACAAGAUGAGGUUGGAAUUGUUGAUUUCGUCCUCUUGGAUGAAAUUACGCUUGACAAGUUUAUGGAUAAUCUCCGAAAGAGGUUCAAAGGAGGAAAAAUUUACACAUAUAUUGGAGAAGUAUGUGUUUCUGUGAAUCCAUACCGCACAAUGAAUAUCUAUGGCCCUGAACAUGUGUCUCAAUACAAAGGUAGAGAAUUAUUUGAAAAUCCGCCUCACAUUUUUGCUAUUGCUGAUGCUGCUCAUAAAGAGAUGAAACAGCAAGGUCGUGAUACAUGUAUAGUCAUCAGUGGUGAAUCAGGAAGUGGAAAGACGGAAGCUUCCAAGAUUAUAAUGAAAUAUAUUGCUGCAGUCACCAAUGUAGGUGGACGACAAGAAGUUGAGAGAGUAAAGAAUGUCCUUCUUCAGUCAAAUGCAAUUCUGGAAGCAUUUGGCAAUGCAAAAACUAACCGUAAUGACAACUCAUCUCGGUUUGGCAAGUACAUGGACAUAAACUUUGAUUUCAAAGGUGAUCCUAUUGGAGGUCAUAUUAACAAUUACCUUCUUGAAAAAUCUCGCGUAAUCUUGCAGCAGAUUGGGGAACGGAAUUUUCACUCAUUUUACCAGCUGUUGAGAGGCUUGACUGAGUCUGAAUUGAAAGCCUAUCAGUUGUCUCGUGACCCAGAUGCCUAUUUCUAUACCCAGCAAGGGAAAUCAUCCAAAGUGAAUACCAUUAAUGAUGGGUCAGACUACAAGGCUACAAAUUCUGCUUUUAAGACACUAGGCUUCUCGAGUUCAGAAAUAAGCACAGUAUGGAAUACUGUAGCUGCCAUUCUCCACUUGGGAAAUGUGACAUUCAAGAGCCAGGAAGAGUCUACUAAACCAGCAGACAUCAAUGUUGUGAACAAGGCAGCAACCAUGUUCAGUGUAACUUCAGGAGAACUUAGCAAAGCAUUGAGUGAACGAGUAAUUGCAGCCCGUGGUGAAGUUAUGAAAAAAAUGCAUACAUUACAUGAGGCAGAGUAUGGAAGGGAUGCUCUGGCUAAGGCUGUGUAUGACAGACUCUUCACAUGGAUUGUUGGGAAAAUUAAUGCUGCUUUGAAUGUGCAAGGUGAAUUAGGAAAGAAGUCAUACAUGGGAACAGUAAUUGGAGUUCUGGAUAUUUAUGGCUUUGAAAUCUUUGAUGCCAAUAGCUUUGAACAAUUCUGUAUAAAUUACUGUAAUGAGAAACUACAACAGCUUUUCAUUGAGCUUGUACUGAAACAAGAACAAGAGGAAUACCGUCGUGAGGGCAUUGAGUGGAAAAAUGUUGAUUUCUUCAACAACCAAAUCAUCUGUGACUUGGUGGAACAGCCUCACAAGGGUGUCCUUGCAAUUUUGGAUGAGGCUUGCCUAAAUGUUGGAAAGGUUACUGAUGAGAUGUUGCUUGAAGCCAUGGACAAGAAGUUGGCUGGUCAUAAACAUUACACAAGCAGACAGCUGAGUCCCAUGGACAAAGAACUGAAACACAAAGAAGAAUUUAGAAUCAGACACUAUGCAGGAGAUGUAGUGUACAAUAUCGAUGGAUUCUUGGAUAAAAACAAGGAUACAUUAUUUCAAGACUUCAAACGCCUUUUACACAAUUCAUCAAACAAAAUCAUCAGUGACAUGUGGCCAGAAGGUGCCAUGGACAUUACUAAGACAACAAAGCGUCCUCUGACAGCAGGAACAUUGUUCCGCAGUUCAAUGAUCAAUCUAGUCAAGACCCUGACCAGCAAGGAGCCAUUCUAUGUGCGUUGCAUCAAACCAAAUGAAGUGAAAUCUCCUUCAUUGUUUGAUGAAGAAAGAGUCAAACAUCAGGUGUGCUACCUUGGACUAGUCGAGAAUGUUCGAGUCAGGAGAGCCGGAUUUGCUUACCGACAACGCUAUGACAAAUUCCUAAAAAGAUAUAAGAUGAUAUCCCAGUUCACAUGGCCCAACUUCAGAGCAGGGUCGGAUAAAGAUGGGACUCGUGUGCUGAUUGAAGAACGAGAAUUUGCACAUGACGUCAAGUAUGGAAAUACAAAAAUUUUCAUUCGUUCCCCUGCAACACUGUUUGCUUUAGAAACGGCUCGCAGUGAAUUAAUCCCUGGUAUUGUAAUACUGCUGCAAAAGUUGUGGCGAGGCACUUUGUGUCGCAUACAGUACAAGAAGAUGAAAGCUGCUCUAUAUAUAAUGAACUACUAUCGGCAUGCCAAGAUCCGAAAAUACCUAGAACAGUUGCAUUAUGCCUUCAGAGAUGUGAAGAAAAUGCAUGACUAUGGCAAGAGUGUGACCUGGCCAGCACCUCCACUCUCCGUUCGUCCUGUGGUGGGUACUUUGCGAGCUGUUCAUGCUCGCUGGAGAGCCUGGAUGAUUCUCCGUGCUGUGCCACGUGCAGAGUGGCCUCAGCUUAGACUGAAGAUGUGUGCAGCAUCAGCUUUGAAAGGAAAGCGAGGAGCAUGGGGCCAGAACAGAAAGUGGGAAGGGAAUUACCUGGCUCUUCCACAUUACAACCACAACAGUGAAGCGUUUAUUGCCAGCAUAAACAAUCUCUGCAAUGCUGACAAGUUCCAAAUGGUUUUGUUUUCAUCAUACAUCCAGAAAACAAAUCGAUUUAAUAAGUGUGCAGAUCGAGCCCUUUUAAUCACUGACAGCAAUAUCUACAAGCUGGAAACAAAGAAAUUCAAAGCCAUGAGGAAAGGUUCGCCCAUUCAAGAGGUAACAGGACUGAGUUUGAGCCCAGGAAGAGAUCAGCUCUUGGUGAUUCACUCAAACAAGGGUAAUGAUCUAGUAGUGGCCCUGAACACUGAACCAUCGCAUGAGGACCGAGUCGGAGAAUUGGUUGGAAUUUUGUGCAAUCGUUACCAACAGUUGCGUAACAUGGAGCUGAAAGUGACAGUUGGCAGUCAGUUUCAGUGCAUGCUAGGUAACAAGAGCAGACCACUCCAUGUGGAGGUAUCACCGGCAGCACAGGUGGCAAACUUCCGACCUGGAAAUGGGACAACCAUUGUGUAUGCUGUUCCAACAAGCUAUGCUUUAGGUGGCACUGGUGACCAGAAUGGUCAACAGUACAACCACAAAAUUGGAUGGAAGGCAUAAAAUGAAGUUUCAGUGUCCAGUGACAGGUGGUUACCAGCAUUCCUGUGAAACAUUGGUAACUGCCUGCAUAGUUAUUUUGUGUCGCAGUCCAGAAGACACCAUUUUACAUGUCUACUGCUGUGAGAACCUCAGAUCUCAUAUGAUUUGUUGUUUUAAAUGUUCAUAUUGUACAUUUAAAUUUUGGUUUAUAUUGUAUGGAUUUUACAAGCAUAAGACUUUCAAAAGAUAGUAGUUCAAGUGAUGUACUGGCAAGAGAAUCAUCGGUAAAUUAGGAAGAUUAUAUUUCAUAAUUUACUGUAUCUCCAAUAAUAUGUAACUUUUUAUUAAAUAUAAUAUUCUAAAAAUGUGUUAAUAAUUCACAGUGGAUCUUAAGUUCAAGAAAUAUAUAUUUAAAGCAUUUAAUCAUUUAAAUAUAUAUAAUCUUACUGCAGUUUAUUUUUAUACAUUUUAUGUUGUUUUGGCAGUUAUUUUAGCACUUCUAUUGAUGUUAAAUUAUGAAUUUUGUCUGCCUGAAACAGAUACAUCUGAUCCACUGAUGGGCAUUAGUGAGUACAAAUUGGCCAUCAUUAUUCUAGAUGAUUUUGGCUGCUUCAAAACAAUUUUAAUUUGGGGAGUACUGUUCUCCUAGGUUUUGUAUAAUAAAUGGUAUGAUAUUUGAAGUGAAAUGGAAAUCAUGUUUAGGUACUAGGUGUAAUCUGAAUGGUAACUGGCACUUUCUGGUCAGUCUACUGAAGAAAAUGAAACUUAAAUUGUUCACUGUAAUGAAUGCAUUUUAAAGAUUGAUGUCAUAGCUAAGUUGUCCAUAGAUAUGCAACACUCUCAAACCUUGUUUAUCUGAAGCUCUCCAGAGACUUGUAGAAUGGUGACUAAAGGAUGGAUUUGAUGAGAAACAUUGUUUAUUGACAAAAUUGUAAGGACUGAACUGAAUGUUAUGUUUAGUAUAAUAAUAUUUUGUUGUAAAUGAAAAUAAAUGCAAGUGUUGUUUCUAUCUUGUAUCAUUCGAGACGUCAUGAUCAACAAGAAUUAUGGCACUCCAUGCAGACACAUUGUUUAGAUCAUAUGGUGAAAGCAUAUUAUUAAAAGUUAAUAGCAUUUAUGUUUUUUAGUCAUUGAACAGAAGUGAUGGAAAUAUUUAAAUUUUUUCAAAGGUCAUCUUCAUCAGAAUCUGUUUGUCAUCAUCAGAAGCAGCAUCAUAAUCAUUAUUAUUACUAUUAUAUGUCUUUUGGUGAACCUACACUUUUAUUGAUAUUUUGUUGAUGCUGUAUAUUUAGAAUUGUAAUUAUCCACAGAGAAAGCCUUUAUCUAUUGAUACAGAGUGUUGAAAAAGAAUAGUUUAUUUACUGGUGUUUUACCACUUGAAGUUACAAGAAAAAGGAAAGUAUCCAGAGUUAAAGUUUCUGUGGGCAAAGAGCAAGUAACAUGAAACACUUAACUGAGUAUAAUAUUUCUAAAGCUCAAUCUGCAUUCAGCAUUUCCAAAAACAAAAAAAAACUCGGGGAUUGCGAGAAUAAGUUGUCAGAUGAUUUGAUGCUAUUUUAAGUGUUGGUGUAAUGUUGAAAUGAAAUAGUGUAAGAAUGCACCGUUAUUGUUUUAUCAUGUAUUUUAAGAUGUCUGCCUUGUAAGAGAAGUCUGUGAUUAAGAAUCAAGGAGAAAAUAGUUAAGUGUGUGCACUGAAUGUGCUGUGUCUACAGAACUGCUUUUUUGGUGACUGUAUAUAGCCACUAGAUAAGUUUAUAAUAUAAUUUAAACUAUCGUCCAUAAAAUUAUGAAUUUCAGGUAUACAAGUGCUUGCGCAUUUUUAGAAGGAAGGGUAUACAAUUUUGACAAACUUAGUAUUGGGCAAUUAUGCCUUGACCCUUGACCAUUGACCCUUUAGAGCCGAAUGGUAACUAUAUGUACCACCUACCUUAAUAAUCUGCAAAUAUAUUUCCUACAGUGUAUUUAUAGCUUUUUUAUGAUUCUUAAGAGUAAACAGUAAUUGUUAACUAAAACAGCAUUAGCCGAUUGAUCUUUGUAAUGGAGAUGUUACAUUUUAUUUGAGGUACGAACUGAAUUUUUAAACAUUAUUUUGAUGAGCUUUGGCUUAAUAGGGUUAAGUGUCGCCAGUACAUAAUAAAUAAAUAUUCUUUAUUUCUAGUUUCAAGCGUGUAUUAGAAUUUAAGUUUUUUUAUAGUUCUGAAUUUUUUUGUGCUAAAGAAACUUCAUUAAUUAAUGAAAAUAAGACAAGUGGAAAUACUGUACUGUUCCAUAUAAGAAAACAUUUGGAAUUGAAUAGGGAUUUCUGCUUUAGUGUGUGUGUGUAUAUAUGUUUGACUCAGUUCUGUGACAGCCAUACCAUUGUUUGCAGUGUUGAUGUAAAGUCUCACUGAAAGAAAAGUUAUGUUUAAAUCCAACACAAAAUAAAAUUGCUUAAAAUCAUCUUACUCCAGUAUUAGCCAUAAAGAAAUUAUUUGGAAAUCUACAGUUGUUUGCCAAUUCACUGACUACAUUCAUUGCCAAUUAUGAACUCUGUUCCAUUUUGUCUUCUCCUCUGCACCCCCAGUUUACAGUUUGUCUUUCUUUCAUUGGAUUUAUUUUGGCAGUCUUUCACCAUAGACCGCUGUAUUGCUAGCAUAUUCUUGCAAACUAACUCUUUAACACAGAUAGGUUAUUGCUUUUGUGUCACAGAACAAAUCAUUGAAUGAGAUAUUCUCAAACUUCAGUUUUAACAUUCAGGUUUGUUAACAACAUGGCGUGAAUGAAUUAAUCAGAACAGAAGGAAAUUUGUGCUUAAAUUAUAUUAACUCUCAUUGCAGUCAUAUUUAUUCUGAAACAGUUUAUAAAUCCAUUCCAGAAUUUUGCAGCUUAUUGUGUUCACUUUACAUUCCUUUGUAUCUUGCAAUGGUGUACAGGUUACUGUAAGAAUAUUUGUUGAAAUUAAUGUUUCCUGUAUAAUGUAGAAAAUGAUUUAGUGACACAUCACUGUUUUCAGGAGAAAUUGGCACUGUCUGUGACAAAGAAUUUAAAUUAUUGUUUUAGAAAAUAAAGGUAUCUGUAAUCAUGUGUGCAAUAUGUGUCAUAUGAAAGGGAAAAGAUACUUUUCUUUUAAUCAGCAGUCAGUUGUGCCAUAAUGUGAUCCAUACCCCUGGAACUGUAAGUAAUUUGAGGUGCUCCAAUAUUGUAUUUUAUAAAAUCAGUUUACAGAACAUGAAAUUUUUAUCCAAAUCUGAACUUAAAUCUUAUAUUUUUGUAGUUAUAUGUAUAAAUAUUAUAGUGAGUGAAGUUAUGGAACUUUGUUACAUUUAGUCACUAAUUUUAAUGCACUCUUUUAGUAAGAUUUCCAGUACUUAUAACACUUGAAUGUAAACAGGAGAUUGUUGUAUGAUUAAAUGUAUGUGUAUAUAAUUGUUACUUUAAUUAUGUGUGCCAUUUUAACACAGUUUGCACUAUAUUUUAUUUUGUGUGCAUGUGAAGGUUUGUGUAAUGUCCACUUUGUAACCUAAAGCUUCUUGAAAAACACUGAAUUUUCACUCAUUAACUGUUACCGCAUUUGACAUGGACACAUUUCUUUGGACAGUAAACGUUAACCCUUGUGGCAUAUCUGGUCCCACUAUCAGACUUACGUUGCCUGUCCUUCUCGGCAUUUUAAUGGGGGCAUGACUUUGAUGACAUUGAUAUUGAUACAUUUUCAUUACUGCCUUAUCAUCUUUUGGAAAUGAUGAUAAUCAUAGAAGACAUGGAAUUUCAGUGUAAUGUUCUUUCUCAAAUUACUAUUAUUUAUGUUCCAUUUGUAUUGUGUAUUUGACCAAGUUAUGUUCCCAACAUGGUGUUCAUAUUGAUGUGAUACCAUUUCAUUUUGACCAUAAUAAAAGUUGAGCUGGUGUUAUUUUAUAAGUCUGAAUAAGUAUGACAGCAAAGAUUUAGUAACUUACAGAUAUAAUAAUCAAAUACAUAACUAAUUACAGAAUCUGUUGUGCAACAGACACUGUAUGAAGAUCCUGUUUUAUGUAUUUAUAUUUCAGAUCACUUAACUAAAAAAGCAUUAAUGUAGAAAUAAUAUGUGAUUUGUCAUUCUUAUCUUUAGCAUUUAUCAGCCAUCUGUCACACCUUACACAUGUUCUAGCAGGUGUGUUGUGCAGUAGCAUAUCACUAACCCAUUUAACCCUGGAGUUAAAGUCUUGCUGGUAGCCCAUAGUACGGGGAUUUAAAUCCCAUAUUCUUAUGUGAUAAACAUUAAAAUUAUACCAUGUUGUCUUCUGAAGGUGUUAGAAAAUAAAGGAUGUUUAAUAAUUCUGUCUGCAUUAUAGUCAUAGGCUAAGACAUCAGGGACACUUCAUGAGAGUUUUGAUUUUUGUUUUUACAUUCAGUAAGAACAAAUGACAAAUUUUUAUCAUAGAAGUUUAGUAACCACUCCUCUAGUGUGUAAGUAACAUUACAUCCAAAGAAUUUGUUAGUCUUGGUAUUUUGGUUUGUAACAAUGUGUGAAAUUGUAUGUAGAGACCAUCGGUUCAGAGGAACAUGCUGCCUUCAUCUCCAAGUGGCAUUACAACCCAGAAGACCAGCUUAAACAUCUUCACCACCACUAGUACCACAAAUCUCAAUAAUAUGAUAACUUAUUUUAAAGUAAAUAAAGUUUGUUAUUAUAUAUCACAGUUGUGCAUUCAAAUAGUUUGACAGUGCUGUUACAAGCAAUCAUAUAUUGUAGUGUAAGGGUUACAGCUCCAUUGUGUCUGAAUUAAAUAUGUGCAACAAUGUAUGGUUUAGACUUUCAUCUAAAUAAUCAAGUACUUAAUGCGGUUUGUUUAGUAUGUGUCAGUAUUUGUUGUAUACUUCAUAUGUAAAGUAUUUGAGAUGGACUGUUAUCUUCUUUAAUCAUGUUUCCAUAGACUUCUUUACAAAUUUUACUGCACAUUAAACAUGCAAUAGUGUGUAAUCAUUUUCUAAAGGUGUACAAUUUUUUUUUUGGUACUAAAUUUGUAUAGUCUUAAAUUGUAUUAUUUGCCUCUUUUACAUAUAGUGCUUAAGAAUUUAAUAUAAUGUCAAAUAUUUUUUCUUUGUUUAGAUUUUACACAUAACAUAAAAUGUAAAUCACAGUUCAAGUUGAAAAUUGGGAAUUUAUGUUUGUAUUUUUGUACACUAAAUUAUACAAACAGAACCUAUAAAUACUAGUUAAGUAUUAUGUAUACACUGUCCAUACAUUCACCUGUUCUUGGCAGAAUUCAUAACAUUUUAUUUUAUGAUAUCAGUGGCUAUAAUGCUGCCAAAUUAUAUAAUGAUAAAAAUAGUGCUCACAAUUGAUGUUUGCAUUAUGAAAAAUAGAUUUGAUCUGUUUUGUAGGAAGUUGUACUGAUAUAUGUUAGUUGCUCAGUAUUUUCAGCUAUAUAAAUAACCAUUUAUUUAAAGUCCAUACUUGCAGUGAAUUUAAUCAAAUAUAAUUGUUUUUUAUUAGACUUGGUACAUCAUGUCUGUCAUAGCUCUAUAUUUCACUUAUUUUAAUAGAUGUUUCAGUGAUUUAUGUACUUACAUUUCCAUGAGUAUGUAACUUAGAACAAAUAAUUACUUACAGCAGAAAAAUGUAUGAUAAUAGUUUGUAGUAUAUUCAGUAAGGACUUCUCUAUGAAUAACUGUGAUAAAAUAGGAAAUAGAGAAAUUGUGCCUUAACAAAUAUAUGCUUUGAAGUAGAGUGAUGGAUUUGAAUACUGUUUGUGUAAAGUGUGAUAUAGUUAGUUAUUUAAAAAAAUUAUUUGUGCCGAGAAUUAAAAGUAAAACCUCUUUGUCAUUUUGUGUAUGCACUUAAAAUGUUAUUUCCACAUGAAAAUACAGGAACUUGAAAUUA